CUAUUGGAUGGCUAAUAUGCUGAGAAUCUUCCCUUCUUCACACUGUCUCUAUAAAACUACCAGGAGCCACUAAACAACUACCCAAAAACUCCAUAAGGCAAACUAAACAGAGACCAAACUAUUAAGAACAAGAAAGAAACCAAAAGCUAAAUUAGUAAUUAUGGCCACUGUAAGAUUGUUACGUUCUUGUAAGCCUCUGCAACAGGUGCCUCCUCCUGGCUCAACUUCCUCUUCUAUAACUGCAAUGAAAUGCAUUGGUAGAUCUGCAGGCUUAGGCGGAGAGAAGAUAGUUUCAGGAGAUGGUGAUAAUAAAAGGAAAUCAGCGACACCUUGUUUGAAAGCAUCCGCGGCCAUUACGCAGAGCUUUAUCAUUGCAGAGCCACGGGCUGAUGAGGGAAUAAUAGAUCUUGCUUCUUUGCUUGCAGCUGUUGGUACUGCUUUCUUUAAAGUUUUCAGGCCAGUUGUUAAACGAAAGCCUUGGAAAUUACAGGUCCAGACGCUUAUUGAAAAGGCUAUAAUUGAUUGCCGAUUCUUUAUUUUAUUUGCGGUGGCGGGAUCUUUGCUUAGUUCGAUUUUGUGUUUCGUGGAGGGUUGCUUUAUAAUUGUAGAGUCAUAUUUUCAGUAUUUCAGUACUUUAUCUCACAGUUCAGAUUCAGAUCAAGCACACUUGCUGCAUUUACUCAUAGAAGCCAUAGACAUGUUUUUGGUAGGGACAGCCAUGGUUAUUUUUGGUGUUGGGCUGUAUACCAUCUUUGUUAAAGACAAAGGGCCAUCGCUGCCAGGAUCAAACUUUUUGAAGUCUCUUCCAACAUGGGUGCAAGUGGAGUCCGUUUCACAAGCCAAAUCUAAAAUUGGGCAUGCCGUUUUAAUGAUACUACAAGUAGGAUUGUUGGAGAAAUUCAAGAAUACACCUCUGGUUACUAGUUUGGAUCUUGCCUGUUUUGCUGGAGCUAUUCUGGUUUCCUCAGCUUCUACAUUCCUUCUUUCUAAACUUUAUGUCGGUGUUGCGUGAGAUGGCAGAUAGCUAAAGGGCCAAAGAAACCUUCAUUAAUUCUUUUGAUGGUCAAACAUUCUUUUUGUAUAUUCUGCUUCAUACUUAUACAACAUAAUCAAGAAGCGACCCAUAAGAAUGAGGUUUAUACAUUUAGAGAUCUGAUUUUAAAGUCUCUAAUUUUCUCCUUUUGUAUUAAUAAGAAGAAGAAGAAGAAGAAGAAGAAGAAGAAAGACAGGGCAUACCUCUAACCCUCCACAAGUCCUACAGUUUUUAGUUUGUUUCUUUCUAUUUGCUUCUGUAAUGGUUGGGCCAAUUUGUUCUCAUUGGGCUCAGCGAAUUCUGUAUAGCUAAACUAGAUAAUGACUCCUGUUGGGUUCAUGAAUCAAACAGGUUAAGACAUCAAGUAGCCUGGCCUCAUUUGCUUUUUCCGAAUAUUAAAUUUUUACAUUAAUCCAAAUACUGUAAAGCAUAUGAACAAUCAAAAUUCAAAAGCCACCUUCUUGUUU